GGAAAACAAUUAACUUAUCAUAUUCGUGCGUGAUAACGAUGGCUGGGCAGCCUCACCAGACGUAGAUGUAGACGUUUGCACUAUAAGGCGCCCUUCGCAGGCGACCCUCAGAAGCCUCCUUCGAAAUCGAACUCCCGUGCGCCGUUUCCACGCGGCGUUGCGUAUGAACAAGAAACUCUUCCAGCAGACUAAGAGAAAAAUCCGAACCUUGUUAAUCCGUCACCUCGAUGUCUUUGUGCUGUACGUGAAUCAGCCUCAGGCUCGCUUGGAGUUUUUAAAACGUGAGAUCCUACUGAACCCGGAGUUGUCGUUCUUGACACAGUACGAAGAUGGCUGGGCGGUUGACGUACUGAUUCGACACGAGUUUCGAAAACGUGAUAAGCUGGAGGAAUUAGCGGAGAACACACAGUUUAAACAGGCGAUUCGUCAGUCUCGCGUCGCUCCAGUCGUCUGCCUAGACGCCAAACAUAACCAGGCGGACAGAGUCGAUGUCGCUCCAGUCGUCCACCUAGGCGCUAGGCAUACCCAGGCGGACAGAGUCGAUCGUGAGGCCGCUACGGCCUCCUCCUCGCGCCUAGCGCUCUUGCCGGCCUGCUUAGACUCCGUAACACCAAGUCUUCUUCGUUUCCAUCGAUCCAUCAUCCAGGGUGGCCUAUGCACAGACGAGCACCUCAAUCAUUUUUCUAGCUUGUCAGCUGCAUCGAAGGACAAAUUCAUCUUACAAGCACUUGGCAAAGAGAAAUCCACUGUGUUUGAACGAGUUGUAGUGGCGGAAAUUUUGGACCAAAUGAAAAAGGAGAAAUGGUAAUUUGUAGAACGUUAUAGUAUUCACUAUGAACUGGCAUUCCGGAGAAACUGCAUGGUGGCGCCAACCUCCU